UCCCGGCCCACAUUGAUGAUGUCACAUUCCAUCAGUAAGUCACUGAUGAUGUCACAGUCCUAUGGCAUCUGAGCAUUCCGGAGGGGUAUAAAUAGCUCACGGUUUCCGUUGACAUCCAGUUCGUAUACAUUACACUUACAAGACAGUUCGAGACUACUAAGCCUUAUUUUGAGAAGAUAUUUUCAAGACAAAAACCAAGUUUGAGUUAUGGCAACGAAGACAUCCAACGCCAUGGACCAAACAACCAGUCCCCGGGAAGAGGACCCUCCUCCUACCACAGUGGACACCAUUCGCCCCAUUGUGGAUUCAUUCUUCAAAUGGAUUGAACCCAAGCAGUGGGAGCAUUUGCUCUCAGGAAACCCUGAUGACGAAACCCGGUACAUGCUGGCAGAGAUGCUAUCCAACAUGAUGGCGCUCAUUAUAGAAUCAACGCUGGCAGAGGUCGCAAGGAGAGGAGUUAAGCCGCCCGAGUACCUGUCGUCUAGUUUGGGGGAUGCACUGCCUCGAGCGUUCGCUCAAGUUCUGGACGUACCAGAUGAGGUCUGCCAUGAGAGCUCAGACUCCUUGAGGAGCAUCAUGGCCACAGAAGCAGCAGCGUGUGUCAACUCCAUGUACUUUGUUCGCACUAACCCAGUGCAUCCAUAUAGAAAGUACACCACUACUCUCAUGACAGUGGAUGAAAUGGUUGAUCGCGCCAUUAAAAUGCUUCAAGAGUGCACCGAGAAGAAGAGAGCCAUUUCCAGACAUUCGCCGCUGCAGCCGAAAUGCAGCCCGGGCACUUCCACACCCAGACACACGCAAGAAGACCAAGAAGACACGGAGUCUACAAAAAGUGAUGUCACCGAACGUGUGGAAGACAGACCUGCUCCAGACCACAACGUGUCUCUAAUGAGCAGGAUAAAGAGAUUCUUCAAAAGCCACCUUCAGACCGUCACCACAACCCAAGAUGCCCGACGAAACGAUGAUCCAACUCAGAGCUCAAGCGGAGGUUACCACUUCCCUCCGUCCCCCACUGAUUGCUGCAAGUCAGAGAGCGUGGAGGACGGUUACUUACAUCGGGACACCUUCUUCACUAUGCGCGAGUCGAGAACAGUACAUGCUGGCAGAGAUGCUAUCAACAUGAUGGCGCUCAUUAUAGAAUCAACGCUGGCAAGGUCGCAAGAGAGAGUUAAGCCGCCCGAGUACCUGUCGUCUAGUUUGGGGGAUGCACUGCCUGAGCGUUCGCUCAGUUCUGGACGUACCAGAUGA